AAGGCAGACUUUAUUGUGACUCACAGUGCCUGGUGUAUCCUGAACUUUGAGGAGUUAUGGGAGGGACACGUUGGGGGAAUGGGAAGGGCACCAUUCAGGCCAAUUAUGGGGAAACCCCUGGAGGAGGGUGAAUGCCGAAGGAGGAAUUGGGGGAGUCCAGGGGCUCCAAGUUACCACUGUGACAUUUUGAGAGAACCCGGGGCUUUUGCAGAUUCUACAAAAUGUGGGCCAAGUUCAUCCUGUCCAAGUGUGCAGCAGGGCCCUUGGCCCCCAUCACUAUCCUGGGGACAGAAGUUGGCUGCUGAGUGAGUGUUAGAGGCCGUGCGAGAGGUACAUCGUGGAAGCCAACCAGCACCCACAUCCUUGCCCACCCUGGACCCCUUUCCAGCCUUUUCCUGAGCCCCUGCUUCCUCAGUCCUCCCCUCUCUCCAGCACCUGCAGCCUGGCUGCCUUUCCCUCUCUGGCUGCGCUCUUUCUCCAGCUUCGGUCUGGCCGCACUUCUGCCUCCUGGAACUCUCUCCAUGGGUAGCCUCUUCUAGUCCACCCGUCUUCAGCCCCUCAUCUCAUUCGUCAGCACUCCACUCCCCUGCUGGGCUCCAGACAUGGACUUCUGUCCCUCAAGGCACAGCUGGACUCAUCCCUCUCCCCAAACCUGCCCUUCCUCCGGCUUCAUUUCGAUCAAUACCUCCAUCAUCAACCCUUCCGCGAGACACUCCUGGCCCCUCCUCUCCCUCAUGCCUCACAACCGACCAGCCGGAGGUCUAUGUCGAUGACAGCUCCUGAAUGAAUAAUGAAUGAAUGAACGCGAGCAGGCUAGGGGUGGGGCCAGGUGGGGUCGCGCCCAGACCGCUCGCGACCAUAGAGUCCGCCGGAGGCCGGAGGUAGAGGGGCUGGAUGCGUGGCGGGGAGCGCCGGGCUCUCCCGGAAGUCUCCCUGGACGGAAGUGGAAACGGAAACCUUUUUAGGGAGUCCAAGGUACAGUCGCCGCGUGCGCAGCUUGUUACUGGUUACUUGGCCUCAUGGCGGUCCGAGCGUCGUUCGAGAACAACUGUGAGAUCGGCUGCUUUGCCAAGCUCACCAACACCUACUGUCUGGUGGCGAUCGGAGGCUCAGAGAACUUCUACAGUGUGUUCGAGGGCGAGCUCUCCGAUACCAUCCCCGUGGUGCACGCGUCUAUCGCCGGCUGCCGCAUCAUCGGGCGCAUGUGUGUGGGGAACAGGCACGGUCUCCUGGUACCCAACAAUACCACCGACCAGGAGCUGCAACACAUUCGCAACAGCCUCCCAGACACAGUGCAGAUUAGGCGGGUGGAGGAGCGGCUCUCAGCCUUGGGCAAUGUCACCACCUGCAAUGACUACGUGGCCUUGGUCCACCCAGACUUGGACAGGGAGACAGAAGAAAUUCUGGCAGAUGUGCUCAAGGUGGAAGUCUUCAGACAGACAGUGGCCGACCAGGUGCUAGUAGGAAGUUACUGUGUCUUCAGCAAUCAGGGAGGACUGGUGCAUCCCAAGACUUCAAUUGAAGACCAGGAUGAGCUGUCCUCUCUUCUUCAAGUCCCCCUUGUGGCGGGGACUGUGAACCGAGGCAGUGAGGUGAUUGCUGCUGGGAUGGUGGUGAAUGACUGGUGUGCCUUCUGUGGCCUGGACACAACCAGCACAGAGCUGUCAGUGGUGGAGAGUGUCUUCAAGCUGAAUGAAGCCCAGCCUAGCACCAUUGCCACCAGCAUGCGGGAUUCCCUCAUUGACAGCCUCACCUGAGUCACCUUCCAAGUUGUUCCAUGGGCUCCUGGCUCUGGACUGUGGCCAACCUUCUCCACAUUCCGCCCAAUCUGUACCGGAUGCUGGCAGGGAGGUGGCAGAGAGCUCACUGGGACUGAGGGGCUGGGCACCCAACCCUUUUCCACCUGUGCUUAUCGCCUGGAUCUAUCAUUACUGCAAAAACCUGCUCUGUUGUGCUCACUGGCAGGCCCUGUGGCUGCUGGCUGAGGGUUCUGCUGUCCUGUGCCACCCCAUUAAAGUGCAGUUCCCUCCGGGCCA